ACAAGAAGUCAGCACCUGUGACUGUAUUUAUAUGGCACACGGCAAACCCAAGUGACCAGAGGGGUCUUUAGGAGCUGGGAAUCACGCUAGCUUUUGGCACAGACAAGGGAGGCUGAUAGACCAAAAGCCACUUCCAGGUGAGGGGCACCAUCACACCAGCCAUGGCGAGAUCUGGUGUCUUCAUCCCUCUGCUUCUCCUCUUCCUUCUCCCUUCAGUCUCCCCCGACUGCUACACGGGCACAUCUACGGAGUGCGAGGAGACCAUGGCCUUCGUGCCCGCGCACAGCUUGGUGGGGGAGGGCAUUGACGUGACCACUCUGGAGUGGACGGGGGCCAAUCUGGUGGACACCAGCCUGUGGCACCACCCAAAUGGCACCUGCACCAUAUGCGAGAACCGGCUGCAGGGGCGACAGAAGCAGAGGCUGCCGCUGGCCGUGGUGGACUGGAGGGUCCAAAUCUCGUGUAACCGGGACCUCAGCAGCUCAGUGGAAGAGUCAGCCGCGGCUGUGGGCCGGGCACUGGCGUUGGAUGUGAACAACGACUGGAUGUCAGAGCUGGAGCUGCUAGAUGAGUCCCAUGGCCCGGCCUUGGGGGGGUCCAAAUCCCAGCUCACCAGCUACGCUUACCAGAAGGAGCUGCAGGACAAGUACAUGUUCGUGCGCCAAGAGAUGCCCUGUGUGUAUUACAGGUGAGAAUCCCACG